AUGACCGAUGGAUGGAUGGAUGGGAGGAAUGGAUGGAUGCAGGGCGAGUCUCCAUCCGGACAAGGCGAGAAGUUUCCAAAAGUUGCGAUGUGUCCGAUUCCUCUUUUUAAUUAUCUCGAAGCCGCUACUGUAUGGUCAUUUCUGGUAUAUACGUAUAGUCCCAGAGCUUCUCGAGUAAAGCGUCAUGCAGGUGCUGGAGAAACGCCUGUGAUUUGUCGAAAAGGCAAGUACAUGAAUGUCCGCCAGGGCGCUAUCAGCUGCACGUUUGGGGACCCACCGCCAAUCACGGGGCGACUUGACAUCGUCCGUCCAGUUACCGCCGGCACAGUUGCAUCCGCCCAAGAGGCGGCAUACACAACCAAACAAAAAAAAAACUUUUCACCCGACCUGCAGCAUACUGGAGCCGGGCUUGCAGUGGCUUCGAAAUGGUCAAGGGAAAAAAGAAUUAAGAAAAGAAAAGAAAAUAGUAUAGCCUACUUACGUUUCCUAGUUACUUGGCAAAAUUUGAUCAACAUGGUGUGUGCGUUCUACGCCCUCCAGAUUGGCCCAGAAAUCCUUCCGCCCUUCAAACGAAAAUUGCAUACUACUAGUCCUCCGUUACUGCAUCAGCCAAGUCCAAGGGUCGGCGAUCGGGAUACCCGCUUCGAGGGAUUCGGAAAGAUUGCUCCACUCUUCGCCAGAGCCGAAGAAUGGCACUCCUUGGUUGACCGUUGCAGUGAUACUGUAUGCUCCAUCCUGAAACCGAUGUUGACUGAUAUCAGUAAAAGGGAAGCGCGAUAA